UUGUAGAAUACAAAAUUAAUUAUUUCAUUAUCUUGAUUUUGAUAUAAUUCUCUAGAUAUUAAUUUUUAGUUGGUAGUGCCUUGCUUAUUAUAUGUAAUGAAUCUCGUAACUUAACUUACGAAGAUACAAGUAUAUAAAAUUAUAACCUCGAAAUCAAACCAAAACAAACAACAGAAAUGGCAACAAAAUUCGACGUUGCUGCUUAUAGUUUCCGUAAGAAAUGCCCUUAUGUGAGCAAAGAUCUCCUACACUGGUUCCCAGGUCAUAUGAAUAAAGGGUUAAAACAAAUGCAGCGAAAACUUAAGUCAGUAGAUUGUGUGAUCGAAGUUCACGACGCUAGAAUUCCAUUUACAGGCCGUAAUCCCAUCUUUACAAAUACUUUGACUGGUGCUAAGCCACAUAUUCUAGUUUUAAAUAAAAAAGACUUAACGAUACGAUCGUUAUUGCCAAAGGUUAAAGAUCAACUUACAGCUGAAGGUGUACAGAAUGUUAUAUUUACAAACUCAAAAGAUCAGCAUUGUCGCGGACUUAAGUCAUUGCGACCUCGUUUAGUGGAUAUUAUUAAGAACUCCAACAGGUACAAUCGAAGUGAAGAAUUAGACUACAGUGUAAUGAUCAUUGGUGUUCCAAACGUUGGCAAGUCAUCACUUAUCAAUAUGCUAAGAAGUCGUAAUAUGAAUAUCAAGCAUGCCCUCCCGGUCGGUGCAGUGGCUGGUAUCACUCGAAGUGUGAUGACUAAGAUUAGAAUAAAUAAUGACCCUAAAAUAUUCAUGCUGGACACUCCAGGAAUCCUAGAGCCAUCGGUAUCAGACAUAGAGAUGGGAUUGAAGCUCGCUCUUUGCGCGUCUUUACAAGAUCACCUGGUCGGCGAAGAAAUCAUAGCAGACUAUCUCCUGUACUGGCUGAACAAGCACGGCAGCUUCAAGUACGUGGACUUCAUGGGUCUGGAGGAACCGUGUGACGAUAUUAACAAGGUCCUCGUUACAGGCUCAAUAAAGUUAAACCGCGUGAGAAGGACCCGUGACUUUGAUGGACGGAUUCGCGAAGUCCCCGACGUCGUGGAAGUUGCUAGGACGAUGAUCCGAGCGUUCAGGACCGGGGAAUUGGGGAAAAUAUUACUAGAUAUUGAUCUAUUGAAGAGAGAUGACAGACAAGAAAAUGUUCUUGCGUAGUUGUAGUGAUAAACAUUUUGUAUUCAUAUUAAAUGACAAAAGAAAAUGUACAUAAAGUUAACAAAAAAACUUCAUAAUAACCUCAUGUAGAAUAAGAAUAAAAAAAAAAUCUGUACAGAAAACAUGAUUCCUAAUUCAAAUAUCAAAUUCUUGUCUUAUUUUUUUUUUUAAAUAUUGCUUAUAGUAAAAAAAGUUUAAUAUAACUACUAACAAAUCUACUAGUAAGCGAAUGAUGUAAGUAUAGUAAAUAAGUCAAAUUAAAAAAAAAAAUAAAGCAAACGGAUCGGGUGAAUAGUUACGAAAAGUCAAUGACGUCAAGAAUGGUAGAUCUUAUAAAAUGAAACAUGAGCCAGAGGUAAUUAUAAAUACUUAUGCUCUUAUGGUUGCGAGCUCCCUGCGUCUUAAAAUGGUAUAUAUCAUAAGAGGCAGGACGCUUAUAAUGCAUUAUUAAUGAUUAUCUAAUGAGUCCAUGACCUUCCUGCUAUGUAAAUAAUAUAUACAAUGUGAUAUUUUAUUUUAAAACCACUUAAGGAAUUGAGCAAAACAUGAACGUUUUCUUUGGUUCGCAACUUUUGUGCAAACAUUUUAAAUUGUAGGUAAAUAAAUAAAUCCAUAAGUAGGUGACGAUAAUAAUUA